GCCGCCGCCUGCACGCCCGCUUGCCGGGGCUGCGGUGGGCCAGGAUGUCGGGCUUCCUGGAGGAGCUGCUCGGCGAAAAGCUGGUGACGGGCGGCGGCGAGGAAGUGGACGUACACUCUCUGGGCGCCCGCGGCAUCUCGCUGCUCGGGCUCUACUUCGGCUGCAGCCUGAGCGCCCCCUGCGCGCAGCUCAGCGCCAGCCUGGCCGCUUUCUACGGCCGCCUGCGGGGGGACGCUGCGGCCGGGCCGGGGGCUGGGGCCGGGCCGGGGGCCGGGGCGGCCGCGGAGCCGGAGCCGCGGCGCCGCCUGGAGAUCGUCUUCGUGUCCUCGGACCAGGACCAGCGGCAGUGGCAGGACUUCGUGCGGGACAUGCCGUGGCUGGCGCUGCCCUACAAGGAGAAGCACAGGAAGCUUAAACUUUGGAACAAAUACCGAAUUUCCAACAUUCCAUCGCUAAUAUUCCUAGACGCCACCACUGGGAAGGUCGUGUGCAGGAAUGGGCUGCUGGUGAUCCGUGAUGACCCAGAAGGUUUGGAAUUCCCUUGGGGACCUAAACCCUUCAGGGAAGUCAUUGCAGGGCCCUUGCUUAGAAAUAAUGGGCAGUCCCUGGAGAGCAGCAGCCUGGAGGGGUCUCACGUGGGAGUCUAUUUCUCCGCACACUGGUGUCCCCCGUGCCGAAGCCUCACCCGGGUCCUGGUGGAAUCCUACCGGAAGAUCAAGGAGGCAGGCCAGAAAUUUGAGAUCAUCUUUGUUAGUGCAGACAGGUCAGAGGACUCCUUCAAACAGUACUUCAGCGAGAUGCCCUGGCUCGCUGUCCCCUACACCGACGAGGCCCGGCGGUCGCGCCUCAACCGGCUGUACGGAAUCCAAGGCAUCCCCACCCUCAUCGUGCUGGACCCGCAGGGGGAGGUGAUCACGCGGCAGGGGCGGGUGGAGGUGCUGAACGAUGAGGACUGCCGGGAGUUCCCGUGGCACCCCAAGCCCGUGCUGGAGCUGUCGGACUCCAACGCGGUGCAGCUCAACGAGGGCCCCUGCCUUGUCCUUUUUGUAGAUUCUGAGGAUGAUGGGGAGUCCGAGGCGGCCAAGCAGCUGAUCCAGCCGAUAGCUGAGAAGAUCAUCGCCAAGUACAAAGCCAAAGAGGAGGAGGCGCCGCUGCUGUUCUUCGUGGCGGGGGAGGAUGACAUGACCGACUCCCUGCGAGAUUAUACCAACCUGCCCGAGGCUGCCCCUUUGCUCACCAUACUGGACAUGUCGGCCCGGGCCAAGUACGUGAUGGACGUGGAGGAGAUCACCCCUGCCAUUGUGGAGGCCUUUGUGAAUGACUUCCUAGCAGAAAAGCUCAAACCAGAGCCCAUCUAGUGGGGCUCCGGCCUCAUGAGACGUUAUUUAAAACUCAGUCUCCUCCUCUUCCUCCUCCUCCUCUUCCUCCUCCUUUUCCUUCCCUCCGCCCAUGGACUUUUCCAGCGUGUCCUGAAUCACACAACCCAAGUGUCCAACCUCUCUGUGGUGCCUUGUUUUCUGCAUUAACUCCUCAGCCAGCACCCUAGGGUGCGCAUCCUCUCAGCAGCAGAAGAACCCACCAUGUCUGGAGACUCUGCUGGGGACUCACGGGGCUGCGUCACCGUCUGUCACCAGCUCUUGGUGAAGGCCUGCCAGGCGCUCCGCCGAGUGAGCGUGGAGGGACAGGUGCCCUGGCUCCCAGUGCAGUGAAGCAGGUGGGGCAGGGAGAGGGCCGCCUCCUUAGGCCUCAGCUUAGAGCUUCUGGUGAGAAAUUUUUUUCUAGGUGACUCAGUCUGUGUUGGUCUGAGGGGAAACACUAGCUUGUCUUUUGGUUCUUGGGAAGGGAAUCUCAGAUCUCAAAGGAAGCUUGUGUUCUUUUCUGGUGAGAAAAAAAAUAGCUACGGUAAUGAUUCAAGUAGUAACUGCUUCAUUUCAUUGAGCUCUUACCACGGGCUAAGAGCUCUCCUUCCUCAUCUCUCUCUCUGCCUCGCUCUUGAUGUUCUCGAAGUUUCUGUCUUCUCAUAUGAACAGCCCCCACUAGCUUGGAAUUUUGUUAAUACAUUCUUCCCCGUGGACAUCUUCCCAAGAUGCACUUGGCCCUGGUUCUGAGGGGAGCACCGCCUGGCCAGUGCAGACCUGCCACUCAGCCCGGCUCUGGGCCCGGGACCACUGGAGCUCUGCCGAGGUGCCGGGCCCACCUCUGGUUACCCCGUCAUUUCCUUUUCUUUUCAAAGUAGAACUAAAAAGAGACAAAUUACCAGAAGCCUAGCUUUUUCCGAAGAACCUGCGAAAACUGCCCUAUGGUGGGAGUGAGGGCAGAGGACAUGACGAAGAGUAGGCCGUGGACCCACUUUGCUGGACCCUGGUAGCCCGGCUCCUUGCUUGGACUGAACUGACUACACAAAGGAGAAUAACGUGUGUGCUUAGGAUUUGGGGUGGAGGGCUUUGCUAGGGACUCGCAGGGUUUCGGCCUCUCUCAACCAGACGCCAGGGUCUUUAAAGCAACUGCAGGCCUCUCUCUCCCUUGGCCCCAUUCACAGCACUCUGCCAACCAAGACCGUUUAUUUGGCAAACCCAGCCCCCAGUUAGCUGUAACACCAUUGCUCCUUUCCGAAUUGGAUUGUUGAUUUGUAGUUCAGAGGUACAAAAUUAGUUGGUAAUUAAACUGUUACUGGAUGUCACCAGCCUGGAAUGCAAUCACCUAGUGAGAAAUAAAGCGGGCAUCUCUGGACGUUAUCAACCACUUGGCCUUU